CUCCUCUCCUCUCCCCAUUGUUUCCAAACCUCGCUCCUUCCCCUCAUUCCAUAUUCCCUACUCUCUCCCCCAAUCAAAACGCCACCGUUUCUCACACAUCCAAAGUUUUCAGAUACGGAUAGCUUUCAGAAACAGAGGACCUUCAAAUCAAGAGGUUUCAGGUCUUAAAGCAAAAGGGAUAUGGCCCUGAGACGCCUGCUCACUCAGGUAUCUAAGCAUCGAUCAGAGUUGGGACAGCUGAAACAAGUUGUUUCUAGAACAUAUUUUCCGGUCAACAGGGUUGCAGGAGGUGCUGGAGGGAAUACAAUUUUUAAUACUCAAGAGAGGUGUCAGUCAAGCUAUGUGCGCAAUUUGGCUCGCAGAGGACGUGAUGUUGAUGAAGCUAAUGAACUUGCCUAUCUAAAAGAACUGUCCAUGCGAAAUGACCCUGAAGAAGUGAUAAGAUUAUUUGAAAGUCAACCAUCAUUGCAUUCCAACUCUUCAGCGCUUUCAGAAUAUGUGAAAGCAUUGGUAAAAGUUGGCAGGCUGGAUGAGAGUGAGUUACUGAAGACAUUGCAGAGAGGUGUAUCCAACUCUGCAAGGGAGGAUGAAAGCAUGGGUGGCUUCUCAGUUCUUAGGAACGUUGGGAAGCCUACAAAAGAUGGCGUUCUUGGAACUGCAAGUGCACCUAUUCAUAUGGUGGCUAGAGAAGGAGGUCAUUUUAAAGAGCAGCUGUGGCGUACAGUUCGCACAAUUGCACUAGCCUUUCUUUUGAUAUCUGGCGUUGGAGCACUCAUUGAGGAUAGAGGAAUAAGCAAAGGACUUGGAUUAAAUGAAGAGGUCCAACCUAGCAUGGAAUCUAGCACUAAGUUUAGCGAUGUCAAAGGAGUUGAUGAGGCUAAGGCGGAGCUAGAAGAAAUUGUUCACUAUCUUCGAGAUCCCAAGCGUUUCACUCGUCUUGGUGGCAAGCUACCAAAGGGUGUUUUGCUUGUUGGCCCACCUGGCACUGGAAAGACAAUGUUAGCAAGAGCAAUUGCCGGAGAAGCAGGGGUACCUUUCUUUUCAUGCAGUGGCAGUGAAUUUGAAGAGAUGUUUGUUGGCGUUGGAGCUCGAAGGGUGAGGGAUCUCUUUGCAGCUGCAAAGAAGCGGUCACCGUGUAUUAUAUUUAUUGAUGAGAUAGAUGCUAUAGGAGGAAGUCGCAACCCAAAGGAUCAGCAGUACAUGAAGAUGACUCUGAAUCAGUUACUUGUUGAACUUGAUGGUUUUAAACAAAAUGAAGGAAUUAUUGUUAUUGCCGCUACUAAUUUCCCCGAGUCACUGGACAAGGCAUUGGUGAGACCUGGACGGUUUGAUCGCCACAUUGUUGUUCCCAAUCCUGAUGUUGAAGGGCGGAGGCAGAUUAUGGAAGUUCACAUGUCCAAGGUUAUGAAGGCUGAUGAUGUUGAUUUGAUGAUCAUUGCUAGAGGAACUCCUGGGUUCUCCGGUGCUGAUCUGGCCAACUUGAUCAACGUAGCUGCUCUUAAGGCUGCCAUGGAUGGCGCUAAAGCAGUGAGUAUGGCUGAUCUGGAGUAUGCAAAAGACAAGAUUAUGAUGGGAAGUGAGCGAAAGUCAGCUGUCAUAUCUGAUGAGUCACGAAAGCUAACAGCUUUUCAUGAGGGUGGCCAUGCACUUGUGGCUGUUCACACUGAUGGUGCCCAUCCAGUUCACAAGGCAACAAUAGUUCCCCGUGGUAUGGCACUUGGCAUGGUUGCCCAGUUGCCCGAAAAGGAUGAGACAAGUGUCUCACGGAAACAGAUGCUUGCGCGGCUUGAUGUUUGCAUGGGGGGACGGGUUGCAGAAGAGCUCAUCUUUGGUGAAAGUGAAGUAACUUCUGGUGCUUCUGACGAUCUCCGGCAAGCAACUGCUCUUGCCAGAGCAAUGGUUACAAAGUAUGGUAUGAGCAAAGAAGUGGGGCUUGUCACUCACAAUUAUGACGACAAUGGGAAGAGCAUGAGCACAGAAACUAGGCUGCUUAUUGAAGAAGAAGUGAAGCACCUCUUGGAAACGGCUUACAACAAUGCAAAGAAUAUACUUACCACACAUCACAAGGAGCUCCAUGCUCUUGCUAAUGCCUUAUUGGAGCAAGAGACACUCACCGGAAAACAGAUCAAGGUCUUGCUUGCUAACGUAAACUCUCAGCAGAACCAACAACCGCAACAGCAAGUUGUUGCAGAAACGUCACAGUCAAAACCAGUGCCGCCUCCAUCACCACCCAAUGCAGCUCAGUCUGCUGCAGCAGCAGCAGCAGCAGCAGCCGCCGCUGCAACUGCUGCAGCCAAAUCAAAAGGCAUGGCUCCUGUGGGAUCUUAGCACACGAGUGAGGUUAUAGAGUUGCAGGUAUCUAUUUCGCAGUGUCGAUGUGCAUAUAGUAAAAUUACUUACCAGCCUUUCUGUAUGGGGGUAGACCAAAGAAUGGUGCCAGCGAGGAUUAAUUUAUGAUGAAUUGCCAUAGUCGGAUUGACUGGGAGUUGUAGAAGAGUCAGUGUAGGCCUUCUGAUUGAGGCAUUGGUAGACACCCACUGUCUAUUUUUGAUUCUUCCUUUAUUUAUUUAUUUCCUGAAUUGUUUCUUGGAGGUUCUUGUUUAUACUAUAAAAGAAUAAUGCAUUCCUGAUGUA